AACGUUCCGGUCCCAGACCUCCGUUCUUCUGGAGGGAAUUUCAAGAAGGAGGCGGGGCCAGCGGACAGGUGCUGGGCGUUCCCGCUGCCGGUGAUGCUGUUCCUGUGGUUGUCAGUGGUCGCAACUUCUGCUACUGCUUCGCCCGCCCCCGGAGCAGCUGUGCCUAGGGUGCUGGCGGGUCGGGCCCAGCGCGAGGCGCCUAACGUGGUGCUGGUCGCGAGCGACUCUUUCGAUGGAAGACUCACUUUUCAUCCAGGAAGUCAGGUCGUGAAGCUUCCUUUUCUCAACUUCAUGAAAGCUCAUGGAGCUACCUUUCUCAAUGCGUACACCAACUCUCCAAUUUGUUGCCCGUCACGAGCAGCAAUGUGGAGUGGCCUCUUCAUUCACUUAACACAGUCUUGGAAUAAUUUUAAGGGCCUAGAGCCAAAUUAUACAACAUGGAUGGAUGUCAUGGAGAAGCAUGGCUACCGAACACAGAAAUUUGGAAAACUGGAUUAUACUUCAGGACACCACUCUGUUAGCAAUCGUGUAGAAGCAUGGACAAGAGAUGUUGCUUUUUCACUCAGACAAGAAGGCCGGCCUGCGGUUAGUCUUAUCCCUAGUAAGACUGAAGUUAGAGUGAUGAAAGGGGACUGGAUAAACACAGACCGGGCAGUACAUUGGCUAAGAAAGGAAGCGGUUAAUGAAACUCAACCAUUUGUUCUUUACUUGGGUUUAAAUUUACCACACCCGUACCCUUCACCAUCUUCCGGAGAAAAUUUUGGAGCUUCAACUUUUCGCACAUCCCUUUACUGGCUCGAAAGAGUAUCGGAGACGACCAUCAAAAUCCCAAAGUGGUCACCUCUAUCAGAAAUGCACCCAGUAGAUUAUUACUCCUCUUAUACAAAAAACUGCACUGGGAAGUUUACCAAGAAAGAAAUUAAGAAUAUUAGAGCAUUUUAUUAUGCAAUGUGUGCUGAAACAGAUGCCAUGCUUGGUGAAAUUAUUUCAGCUCUUCGCCAGUCAGAUCUCCUUCAGAAUACUGUUGUUAUAUUCACAUCAGACCAUGGAGAGUUGGCCAUGGAACACCGACAGUUUUAUAAAAUGAGUAUGUAUGAAGCCAGCGCCCAUGUCCCACUUUUGAUGAUGGGGCCAGGAAUUAAGAACAACCUACAAGUGUCGAAUGUGGUUUCUCUUGUGGAUAUUUAUCCUACCAUGCUGGAUAUUGCUGGAAUUUCUCUGCCUCAGAACCUGAGUGGAUACUCUUUGUUGCCAUUAUCAUCAGAAACAUUUCAUAAUGAAACCAAAUUCAAACACGAGCAUCCGCCCUGGAUCCUGAGUGAAUUCCAUGGAUGUAAUGUGAACGCUUCCACCUACAUGCUUCGAACCAACCAGUGGAAGUACAUAGCCUACUCUGACGGUGUUUCAGUGCUACCUCAACUCUUUGACCUUUCCUUGGAUCCAGAUGAGCUGACAAAUGUUGCUACAAAAUUUCCAGAUAUUACCUAUUCUUUGGAUCAGAAACUCCGUUCCAUUAUAAACUACCCUAAAGUUUCUGCUUCUGUUCGCCAGUACAACAAAGAGCAGUUCGUCAGCUGGAAGCAACGUCUAGGGCAAAACUAUUCCAAAGCGAUAGCCAAUCUCAGGUGGCAUCAGGACUGGCUGAAAGAACCAAGAAAAUACGAAAGUGCCAUCAAUCAGUGGCUUAAAAACCCACAUUAACCCAAGAGUUUGAUCACAAAUAAAAAGGAGACAUUCCAGUUA